AUGGCAGACAAAUCUCCAAAGGUAUUGGAUGGAGCUACACUCAAUGGGAAAAGAAAGCGGUAUAUCCGACGUGUUGCACAUUUGACUGAAGUUUUGGAACCAACAAACUUAACCGUCAAACAAAUGAGAUUGGUUGGAGAUGAGAGACAACCAACUAACUCUAGUCCUGCUAUUUCAAAGUAUUUGGUUAAGUAUUUUUUGAACUAUAAGAAAAGUGGGCUGCCCAAACGUUUGAUGUUCUUUAAUAAUGGUGACUGGUCAGACUAUCCAGAGGAUUUUGUUGACUUGAUUAAGAAAGAUUUCGAAAUCAAGAAGGCAUUUGUGGAGGUAGAGGUAGAUGGCAAGAAAGUUGUGCUAGAUUUUUUGCAUAUGUGUAAUGUAAAUUUACAAACGGGUUUGCAACAGCCUAUUGCUUGGAUUGAUGAGGCCGGGAACUGCUUUUUCCCUGAACUUUUUGUUGGAUCCGAUGAAGAAUCCAAUAUCCUGGGCGAGAAGGAGGGUAGGGAAAGUCAUGGUGGGAAAGAGAAACAAGAGCUUAAAUAUAAUUUAUCAAAUGAACUUAAUGGGGCUGAUGAAUCCAAAUUGGUGAAGUAUAGUGGGGACUCUAAUGCUUUAGUUAAGGAUAUAAAAAUUAAUGGUCAACAUACCACAAACAAAAUGAGAAAUGUAAAUGUUGAGGCAACUUCUAACCAAUAUAGAGAAAUAGAUAUAGAUGCUUAUACUGAACCUAUAUAUGGAAGACUGGAUGUAGAUUCUGUACAACAUUUGUUUCUCACAAGAAUGGCUACUUUCGGCAUUAGUGAGGGCGACAUCGUUGAUGUUUACCGCAACUUAGGAAGCUUAAUGCAAGCGCGGCUGGAGUUAUUCCAAAAGCAAGCUGAUAUCACGAAAUUACUUCACAGUGAUGCUAAUGUUCGAUAUGGUUGGCUUGCAUGUUCUAAAAAUGAAUUGUCUACAAUGAUGGAAUACGGGCUUGGCCACAAUGCACUUUUGUCAUCCAAGUUCAUAUACGGCUUAGGUAUUCAUCUUGCUGCUGUAAUCCACCCUUAUGCCUGUGCCCUUUAUUGUGAUGUUGACGAAAAUGGGGUUAGGCACUUGCUCCUUUGUCGCGUAAUAAUGGGGAACAUGGAGCCUCUUUGUCGUGGCACUAAACAGAUUCGUCCCAGUGGUUGCGAAUAUGAUAACGGAGUUGAUGACAUUCAACAACCAAAUUACUAUGUAGUUUGGAAUAUGAAUAUGAAAACUCAUAUCUUUCCAGAAUAUGUUGUUAGCUUCAAGGCUCCUUGGAAAGCAGCAGGAAAUACAUGUUUAAAUGAGAAGGAGAAAAAAAUUCCUGGAAAUAACUAUUCUACGUUGGAUACCGUAAAUGCCGCUAGUGUGCCUAAUACAUCAAAAGCUCUAAGGUUGCCAUGGAUUCCCUUUCCGAUGUUAUUCACCGCUAUUAGACCCAAGGUUCCUUCGAAACACAUGCUUCUGAUAAAAGCACACUAUACAGAAUUGGUGGCAAAGGAGAUUUCCUACGAUGAAUUUGUGAAAAAGUUGCGUUCAAUUGUUGGAGAUAAUAUACUAAGAUCUGUAGUAAUUAAUCUUCAAAACAAGGGACCAUCAAACAAUGAUCCUGGACGGCAUAACUAG